UCGGUAAUGUGGAAUUAUGUCAGACAUCACCUGUUCUAUAGAAUACAUUUACUAUGAUUGGAAAGAUACUAUCUAUUUGGCUGUUUUACAGAGAAACGGUCAACAGAUGCUGUCCUUCGGCAAGUCAGUUUGUAUUCCUUUCGUUCUAUUUCCUAACAUCUUUCGAUAUAGCAAUAUUCAGAAACGCAAGACGACUUCAAAGAGGACCACCUGGAACUCGACCAUUGCUUCUUGUAGAUGACGUCAUGUUUGGAAGUAGCCCACCACUUUGUUUAGGCGACCAAAGGUAUUGAAUUUGGCUACUACCACUGAUAUUAACCAUGUGGUAACUUACUAGAUGCUGUAGGCUACUAGCAACAAAAUUAGAUCAACAUUAUCGACAAUGGCACUGGCAGACGAUGUCGAAUGGCCAUGGUCGCCGGAGGAGACAAAGGCGCUGAUCUCCGUAUGGUCAGACGAACAGAAUAUUCUGGAAAUGGAGCAAACAUGUAGAAAAAAACAUGUUUACAGGGAAAUUUCGGAGCGGCUAAAUGACCUUGGUGUCAAACGGACGUGGAAGCAGUGUCAAAAUAAGAUGAAGGCCUUGAAGUACAAAUACAGACAAACACGAAGAGACCCAAACAGUAGUGGCCGAACAACCUUUCCAAUAUUUUCUGAACUGGACGAAUUUCUCGCCGCCAUGCCUGAUAUGACCGAGUCUAAGGAAACUGGCGACGAGGAAGAUGGUCGUCCUCUUCCUCUGUCGUCUCUGCGUCUUUUGGUUCCUCCACUGCGGCUGGUGUCCGCAGCUCUAUGGCAAGUUGUUCAGCGCAGAGACACAAUGGACUACGGGUUGGUGGAGGAGUUUGUAACCACUGUGUUGGAGAUAACCCCUGAUCUGAUGAGUUACAGAGAGAAAGUCCAGCUCAUCAUGGGGCUGCGAGCACAGCUGGUUCUGGAGUUGUGUCGCUCUGAUCAUUCAGCCGACCCGGAGACCAUCCAGCCACACCUGAGCAGGAUGAGGACCUGCAUCAUCACUCAUAGAGAAAAGGAGAUAGAUACAGAGGUGGAGGCAUCAGAGUCAAACUUCUUGGAACUCGUCCAAACUCUUCUAGAUGACCCACUUGAGAGGGAACACUUCUUCCAGGAAGUUUUUCCAGAAGAAUUUGGCCCCAUGUAUGACACAGCACUGCAGACUCUGAUGUGGGAGUUCCUCUCCAGGCUGGAGAAACUGCUUCCAACACCAACAUUUCAACAGACUGCAUCCUGGCUCAGACCUGCCCCCUCUAUGCUGAAGGAGUGUGCACAGUCUGUGACUCAACCUCAGCCUUUGAAGACUCUCCUCCACCACCACAGAUGCCAUGGCCAUUUGUUCGCUAAUGCUCAUUCAUCUUGUGAUGAUGAUCGCAUCCUCUCUUCACUGUCUCACAAGUUUCCACCUUCAGAGAGGGUGGAAAUGGACAUUGAUGAAGCACGCUCACAUAGCCAGUCUAUAGCCACAUGUGCACCCAGAAAAGAAAGGGACACUUUGAUAGAGCAAGAUAAUGCAGAGAAGAAGCUGGGGAUGAGUUUUGACACGGUUAAGAAGGCAGUGGAAAUGACGGAUAGAAGGAACGAAGAAUGGGGAGAGAAGAACUAUGAGGAGAGACUGCAACAUCAGUUGGAUUAUAAUGUUUUACAGGUCGAGAUUGUAGAUGGAGAAGACGUGUCCUCAACGUCAUUGACAACAGCCGACAAUGUCGGACAGACCUGGUCCCCAAAGGAAACGGAAGCGCUGAUCUCUGUAUGGUCAAAGAAACAGAUUCUUCAGGCGAUGGAACGAAGUUACAGAAAAAAACAUGUGUAUAGCGAAAUUUCAAAGCAGAUGAAGGACCUUGGCGUCAAAAGGACUUGGAAGCAGUGUCAAACAAAGAUAAAGGACAUGAAGUUCAGCUACAGACAAACACUGAGGAACCCAAGCAGUAGUGGCCGAGUGACCUGUCCAUUCUUUUCUGAACUGCACACAUUUCUCGCCGCCACGCCUGAUGCAACUGAUAUCCGGUUGCCUGAGUCGAAGGAAACUGUCAAGGUUUCAGAUCCAGAAGUCAUGUUCUCAGAUCAGGAUGAAGGGCCUUCUGUGGAUGUCAAGUUAGAGAAUCUACACGAGGAAAUGGCUUCCAGAAAAGAGACACACAAGACACUCACUGGAAUGAAAACAGAAGCGAGGAAAGGGGAUGAGGCUUUUCACAGCCCUCAAAGUGACAGCAGGGUGAAAAUCGGAAGAAUAUCCCACCGUUGCGAACAGAUGGUUGAAGACACGUCAGAUUUGGACCUUCAGCCCGUAGUGAUGUUGACGCAACUUGAUGAAACCCUUCUGAUGACAGGUGGUGAUCCUCAUCCUGUUUCCCAUACCACAGGGCAGUCUUCUAAAAGAAGCAAACGUGCCAAAAUAUGCUCCUUUUGUGGGAAGAGUUUUGUUGAAGCAAAGGAUUUGACAACACACAUGAGAUCUCACACUGAGCAGAGCCCUCACCAGUGCACCCAGUGUGGGGAAGGCUUUGACCACCCGGACGACUUACAAAAACAUUGGCAGAAUGAUUGUGACGAGAUGAUGAAACAGGGGGUCAAGGAACACCAGCAUGGAAAGGACAGGAUCUCAGGAGAGUCCAGUAAUGCAAGUACUGAUCCAAAAACAUGCCAUCUAUGCCAUGAGACAUUUGAAUUUCAGUAUGUGUUGAAAAAUCGUCUUAUUGUAUUUCACAAAGGCAAAAGCCUUUAUAAGUGUCCUCUGUGUAUGAAGGGUUUUGGGUACCUCCGUGAUUUGAAGAAAGACCAGAGUGAAAAAAGAGGUUGUCCUACAAGUGAAGCCGUCAAAAAAAGGAAGGAGUUAGGGUCAAAUGAAAAUGUUGUCGGACUGAACUCGACCCCCAACAAGUGCCCUGACGUCUUCAAGUGCUCCUUUUGUGAAGAGAUAUUUUCUCGGUGCAUGGACCUGAAGAGCCACUACAGUCGUACUCAUCAAUUUACGGGACCGUUCCCCUGCCCUUCUUGUCAGACGACUUUUGUUUCAUUAACUGAGCUGCGCUUACAUCAGAGAAAUGAGUCCACUCCUUACCAAUGCUCUUUGUGCCAGCGAUCAUUCUUAUCACUCGAUAAACUGACUGUUCAUGAGAGAAUUCACACAGGGGAAAAACCGUACCUCUGUGCUGAGUGUGGAAAAGGUUUCCGGGAUGCAAAAACCCUGGAAGAACACUCUAAGAUUCAUAUUGAGGGAGAACUCCACACCUGCUCCCAUUGUGGGAAAAGUUUCAAGCGAAAAGAGCUAUUGAAACAACACAUGUUAAAUCACAAAGAUGCCGCUUUCAUCUGCCCAGACUGUGGGAAGAAGUUUUUUCGGUUGGUAUGGUUAAGAAGGCAUAUGUUAAUCCACACUGGCGAGAGACCGUUCCUCUGUGAUCUCUGCGGGAAGGGUUUCAAAUCUACAGUUGAAUUGAGGUUGCACACCCGGACACACACUGGAGAACGGCCGUUCAAGUGCCCAGAAUGUGGAAGAAGUUUUAAGCAGAAGUGUCAUCUGCAGAUACAUCGGCGGACACACACAGGGGAGCGGCCGUAUCCGUGCACCGUGUGCGAUAAACGCUUUUAUGUCAGCAAAGAUAGAAAACGACACAUGCUCAUCCAUACCGGAGAGAAGCCGUUCAAAUGUCAAGUAUGUGGCAUGGCUUUCAACCGUAAAGGGCAUUUGAGGGUACACCAACAAACCAAGAGGUGUUCAUAUAGGCACACAAGUCCCCUACAUAGCACAUCAUUAUAAUAAGUGGUUUCCUGACUGACAGAACUGGACCUGUUCCUUUAAGCCACAUUUUAAGAUCUGAAGCCAAGAAAAAGUAUUUGUUUACAAAGUGACAACAAUAUAAACCACAGUUGUAGCCUAUGUUUGUUUUUUUGUUACAAUGAUGGAUUUUGUAAAGAACUUCAAGGACGUGUUAUGUAUGUGACUGUUAUUACAUUGUUUUUUUUAAAGGCAUGGGCAUAGCGUCUGGUUAUUUUAGUUGUUAGUUGGGUCAUUCCUAGUCUGCGGUGCUUUUUGGACCUAACUUUUGGGGGGAAAGUAUCUUUUAGAUUUUGUUGUUGUAUUCUAUCAGAAAAGGGACAUGUUUGACUUUAUGAAAGACAUAUUGGUCAAGCUCAGACACUUAAAUGUUUAGGUGCAUUUUCCAACCGGUUAGGUGCAUAAUCCUAACAGGGUCAACAUAACUGGAAAUUUGGAGCCUAAAUCAGCCAUAGCUCUGUGAGUGAGCAAGAUUGAGGUAGCGUAAUGGUGAACACUUGAACCGGAUUUUUAACUUCCCUAUCAAAUGUUUUAACAUUUUAAGGAAUUUGAGUGGGACAUACAGAAUAACAACAUGGAAAAAUAGAUGUUUAUUUAGCUUUGCACCAUUGGUGGGAAAACAAAGAAAGUAUGACACUUCUUGAAUAGAGAGAAAUAGUAAAUAUUGGUGUCUUUUUGUAGGCACUAACUCCAUGGUUCGUUGGACAAAGCCUAUAGGGAAAUGAAUGACGUCUUUUGUAGGGUUUUUGGAUAAACGCCGAAAAUAAGGUCUGGUAAACACAGGCUUAGGAGAUCUGACCUGUUUUGUUCUAUGAGAUAAUCUUCGUCAGCUAACUAGACUUUGAGUUUUGAAACAUUUAUGUAAUAAUAAACUAAACGUAUAUAAGAUCUCCUAAGCCUGUGUUAGCCUCUGACCUUAUUAUCGGCAUUUAACCCAAAACCCUAUUCUUUCCCCACAGGAAUGUCUGAACGAACUAGAGGUAACUCAUUUCCGCUUUAAAGGACUACAAGCUGGCGAGCUCUAUGUGGUGGCAUUGUAGGAAGGGGCUGUUUUUAAAGGAGCAUUACAACAAAAUAACAGGGUGGGAAGUGACAUCAGGGACACACAGAAAACAAAUAAAAUAAUAAAUACAAUAAUCAUGAAAAAACCUUUUUGAAGAGAGAAAUUAACUAGGACUAUAAAAUAAUAAAAGCUUUUAAAUAUUUGAUGGGUUCUAUUUCUUAUGGACGUUGAUGAAUAACACUCGAGUUCAUGGCAAAAAACACCUACAUCCACUAAAAAAAUUUUGCAAAAUGCAUAAAAUUCCCUUUCAAGAUCCACAUUUUUGUGUUUUUAAGGUAAGACACUUGACCUUUUAUAUUUAAAGCCUUUUGGAAUCAACAUUUUACAGUAAAUAAGAAGUGAUAUUUCCCGGGAACAGAAAAAGCACCACAUUGUAGGAAUGACCCUGAUGGUUUUGGCUGCAUUUCAGUCAUAUUGCACAGAUUUUCAGACUCGAGUCAUAUUGAUUGGGUGCUUGAAUUGUUCAACACCACAAUGUCCAUUUUUUUGGGUGACCGAAGUAAAAUGAUUAUAAAGGAUUGUGUUGUCAUUGGGAGGAGUAUGAUUCAAUGGUUUAUGAUCAAAUUCAAUGUUAGAUUCUGCACAUUUUGCUAUGAGUAGAGAAAAUAUUGUAGUUUUAAAGCUACUUUCCUGGAAUACUGCACAUUUUGCUACGUGGUGAAGAGAAACAUUUGCAAUUUUAAAAACUAAUUUCCUGCAA